AUGGACAUAAAAAUAGGAACUAGAACAUUUCUAGAAUCUGAAGUAGCAAAUAAACAUAAAAGAGUUGAUUUGUAUAAAAAGAUGAUUGAAUUGGCACCUAAUGAACCUACUGACCAAGAAAGACAAGACGAAGCAAUUACAAAAUUAAGAAAAUCUUCAUCAGCAACUCUAGGUUUUCGUAUAGAAGCAGCUCAACUCACUGGAGUCCCUAUUCAAAAAAAUUUUAAACAAGUUAGAACACGUUUACAAGUAAGAAGAGCACUCAGACAUUUUUGUGGGACAGACAAAGUCUGCAAACAAUUAGCUAAACGUUUGAGGCAUAUUCGAGAUUCUGUUGAAGCUAGUUCUUUUUUUGCAUGUCAUGAGAUUGUUGGAUCGUCAGUAUUAUUAAUUCAUGAUGGAGGCACUAAUUCCACAAAUAAUAAAGAAAUAAAAGUAGGCGCAUGGCUCAUCGACUUUGCAAAAUGCCACAGAAUUGAAGGAGGGGGAAAAUUAACACAUCGACGCCCCUGGGAUUUGGGUAAUCACGAGGAUGGAUAUUUAAUUGGGUUGGAUAAUUUAAUGGAAUUGUUGGAGGGAAAUGAAGAAGAAGAGGAGGAAGAAAGGAAUGAUGAAAAUAAUAAUAAUGAAGAGAGGAUUAAUUUAAAAUUUAAAGGAGAAAAGGAAAUUAUUAAUGGAAAAUAG